AUGCAUCGACAAUGGAGGGUUAAAGUAAAGGGAAACGAAAAAAUAAAUUUGAGGAGAAUGAAGAAGAAUACGCAAAUGGUGGUGAAGAAAAAAAGGAGGAAAAAAGCAGUAGAAUACCUGUUAAAAGGGGGUGACGAGAAAUUAAACAUGUAUCCACAAAAGGAUAUAUUACAAAUAUUAAAUGAUAGCGGUUUCCACUCUGAAGAGUGGAAAAUGACAGAUGAAGAAUAUGAAGAAGUUGAAAUACUAAAAAACGCUUCAAUUUGGAUGUUAAAUAUGGCAGCACUUAGAAAAUUAAAGUGGAAAAAUAGAAUCGUUCUGAUCUAUGACCCAGAUACCACUGACCAAGAUGAUGAUGAUAAUAAUAGUGAUGACAAUAAUGAUCAUGAAGUAGGAACAAGUAGUAAAAAAAGAAAACGGAAAGAUAAUAAUAAUGAUCAUGAA